GCCAGGGAGGGAGGGAGGGAGGUAUGUCAUGCACUGGAUUACAACCAGUGUGUGUUUGGGACGGAGUCUUCUGCUACUUUGCAAGGCAUUGUGCUGUUUUUGAAGCUUAAGACAGAGAAAAGUUUGAUUCAGCACUUUGUAGAGGAGCCAUCGCUGGCACGGCAGAGCCCAGUAGACAGGAGGAGAGGGAGGGAUCUGAAGAGCAGCGCCCAGAUCGACUGUCUACGGCACUGGUUGACAGCAUGGGUGAAGAGGGGCCUCCCAGUCUGGAGUACAUCAAGGCCAAGGACCUGUUCCCCCAGAAGGAGCUGGUGAAGGAGGAUGACAGCCUUCAGGUCCCGUUCCCAGUUCUUCAGGGGGAAGGGGUGGAGUAUCUCGGCCGUGCUGAUGAAGCCAUCAUUGCCAUUUCAAACUACAGACUCCACAUCAAGUUUAAGGACUCUGUCAUCAAUACAUACCCAGGUGUGGACAAUGAGAUAUCUGUGCCUCUUAGGCUCAUGGAGAGUGUAGAGAGCAGAGAUAUGUUCCAGCUGCACAUCAUCUGCAAAGACUCCAAAGUUGUCAGAUGCCACUUUUCAACUUUCAAGCAGUGCCAGGAGUGGGUGAAGCGUCUGAACCUGGCCAUGGCUCAUCCGUCCCGCCUCGAGGACCUGUUUGCCCUGGCCUACCACGCGUGGUGCCUGGGGGGCAACGCCGAUGAUGAAGACCAGCAUGUUCAUCUCUGUCGCCCAGGUGACCACGUGCGUCACAGAACAGAAGUGGAGGUCAAGAGGAUGGGCUUCGACACGCAGAACAUCUGGAGAGUGUCAGACAUUAACUGCAACUACAAGCUCUGCUCCAGCUACCCACAGAAGCUUCUGGUUCCAAUAUGGAUCACUGACAAGGAGCUUGAGAGUGUUGCUUCCUUCAGGUCCUGGAAGAGGAUCCCUGUGGUGGUGUACAGACACCAGAAGAACGGGGCAGUGAUCGCCCGCUGCAGCCAGCCGGAGAUCAGCUGGUGGGGCUGGAGGAACACAGAUGAUGAGUACUUGGUGACGUCCAUUGCCAAAGCUUGUCAGAUGGAUGGCGGAGCCAAGAGUGCUUGUGGAGCACCAGUUUUGCGGCAACGCGGGGAAGUUCCUGACCCCUCAGAUAGUGAUUUUGACUCCUCUCUGACAGGUGGCUCAGGCUGUGACUACAACACUGUGAGACAGAAGCUACUGAUUCUGGAUGCCCGCUCAUACACUGCUGCAGUGGCAAACCGAGCCAAGGGCGGAGGCUGUGAAUGUGAAGAGUACUACCCCAACUGUGAGGUCAUGUUCAUGGGAAUGGCUAACAUCCACGCCAUCCGGAACAGCUUCCAGGCUCUGAGGGCCGUCUGCAGUCAGAUCCCAGAUCCAGGAAACUGGCUCUCGGCGCUUGAGAGCACCCGUUGGCUGCAGCACCUGUCUGUCAUGAUGAAGGCUGCCACUCUAGUGUGUUCAGCAGUGGAGAGGGAGGGGCGUCCUGUCCUGGUGCACUGCUCUGACGGGUGGGAUCGCACCCCCCAGAUUGUAGCUCUGGCCAAGAUCCUGUUGGACCCAUACUACAGGACGAUAGAGGGUUUCCAGGUGCUAGUAGAGACCGAGUGGUUGGACUACGGUCAUAAGUUUGCCGACCGCUGUGGCCAUCAGGAGAAUGCAGACGAUGUGAGCGAGCAGUGCCCCGUCUUCCUGCAGUGGCUGGACUGUGUUCACCAGCUGCUCAAACAGUUUCCCUGCCUGUUUGAGUUCAAUGAGGCCUUUUUGGUCAAGUUGGUGCAGCACACAUACUCCUGUCUUUACGGCACAUUUCUGUGUAACAACGCUCGCGAGAGGGAGGUAAGGAACAUCUACAAACGCACCUGCUCCGUCUGGUCCCUGCUCCGCACCGGAAACAAGAACUUCCAGAAUUUCCUCUACAUCCCCUCUCAUGACAUGGUGCUGCAGCCAGUCUGCCACACACGGGCGUUACAGCUGUGGACAGCUGUGUACCUGCCCACCUCCUCCCCCUGCACCGCCGUGGACGAUUCUGUGGAGCUCUACCUUCCACCAAGCAUUACAGGAGAUGAACUCACCUCACGUUCUCUAGACAGGCUUCCAAAGACCCGCUCCAUGGACAACCUGCUGUCAGCCUUGGAGAAUGGAGUUCCCCUGACACGGACAUCCAGUGAUCCCAAUCUCAACAAGCAUUGCCAGGAGGGUCGCUCUAGUCUGGAGAACUCGCCUGCUGUGGAGGAAAUCUCUGCCGACUGCUCAGACGAGGUCCUGCCUGACGCCGGACUGGGCAGCUGUGACGGGGAACCUCUCCAGCCCAGUCCUGCCGACACCCCAGAGAGUGUCCCAGAUGUCGAGAACUGUGAAGACCCACUGGAGGAGCCUUGCCUCACCACACAGCCCCUGCCCUCCCCACCCCUCCCCCCUGUCUGUCAGGAGGUUGCACUCUCCCACACUCCAAUCCCGACUCCUGUCCUUCAACAGGCCUUGCCUCAGCUCACAAACCCUGCACUCCCUCCUCUUCCACUGGAGUCCAAGAGCCCCUGUAGGACUGCUGAAAGCGCCACGUCACCCACCCAAAAAUCCGAGCCGUGCUUACCUCUCCGCUGCAGCGGGACCGAACCUGCACCUGCCGCACCUGCCGCUCCCACCUCACUGCUUAACAGCCACGCAGACAGCCAAGCAAACACCCUCCUGCAGUCUGAGGAGCUGCUGGCUCUAAAGCAGACAACACCACUCCUUCCCAUGGAGGACUCCACGGAGACUCUCACAGAUGAGGGAGAGCUGCCUUCUGCUCUGCCCCCCACGGUGAGCCAGGAUCAUACUCAGAACCAUUUAAAAGGUGCGUCACAGUCACAGGUUUAUGUCCGAAAGGAGGACGAGGACGUGAGGACAGAUGUAGUAAAAGAGUGCGAGUCAGCAGGUGCAGCAGCUCCUGUGGACUGCGCCCAGGUAGCGGCUCGCCAUCUCAUCUCCCACAGUCAUCUCUCGGACCUUUCUCUUCUCGGCUCCCAUUGGGAGAGCGUCCAGGGCCUGGUCCAGUCCGCGUGCGGCAGUGCCAACCCCUCCGGCGUCAGCCGGGCCUCGCAGACCAACACCUACCAGAGCCGCCGGCUCGCCACUAAGCUGCUCCGCUCCCACGGCAUUGCCAUCAGCAACGCGUCCCAGUGCUGCCGCAGGGAGGCCGCUUGCUGUCCCCUCAGCCCCCUGCAGGCCGGAUGGCUGUCUGCUGCCAGGAGUGCAGGCUACGUGGGUCUGUGCGGGCCUGCUGCCUCCGGCCUCAACACCUACUCCCUGGCAGGCCAUCAGUUCCUCCCAUUGUCCUACACCUCACCCUCCGCAUCCAGCUCCCCUCCCCCUCCGCAGGCCUCGGCUCACCUCGACGACGAUGGGCUGCCGGUGCCCAUGGACGCCGUGCAGCAGCGACUGCGGCAGAUCGAGGCGAGCUACAAGCAGGAGGUGGAGGUCCUGCGGCAGCAGGUGCGACAGCUGCAGAUGAGGCUGGAGAGUAAACAGUACAGCACCCCUCCCUCAGAGCCAGACAUCGACUACGAGGACGACAUUACGUGUCUGCGGGAGUCAGACAACAGCAACGAUGAGGACUCUCUGUCUAACCACAGUGAGGACCGCCUGUCUGAGGGUAGCUGGGACCGAGUGGAGCGCAAAGACACAGAGGUCACGAGGUGGGUGCCUGACCACAUGGCCACUCAUUGUUUCAACUGUGACUGUGAGUUCUGGAUAGCCAAGAGACGUCACCACUGCAGGAACUGUGGCAAUGUGUUCUGUAAAGACUGCUGUCACCUCAAGCUGCCCAUCCCAGACCAGCAGCUGUACGAUCCGGUGUUGGUCUGCAAUAACUGCCAUGACCUGCUCUUGGAGUCUCGCACCCGUGAGAUCCGCAGCCAGCAACUUAAGAAGGCCAUCGCCACAGCCUCGAGCUGAGGGAGGUUUCACGUAGCACGGCUCACCUCGGCUCCGUCCCAAUCGUUUUAUGCCUGACUGGUCGAGUGGCCCGUUCUAACCCCAACACGCUGUGGUUUUCGCCUUCGGGGGCGGGAAGGGAGGAGUAAUUGUCACUCGUCGGGUGCUUCGGUUCGUGUUCGAAGACGUGAGCUGCUGCAGCGUCCUGCUGCCUCUGCACGGCUCAGUCAUCCAGCGGCGCCCUGUGUGAGACACACCGCUCCAGACUGUCCACCCCAGCAGCGUCACACACCUUUAGUACCAAACACUUGUACCCUCCUUCCACACACAGUCUCACACUUGAGAGGACAAUCGCCCACCCUUCCACGUGGCGGGGGACUCCAAAGCCUUUACCUGUACUACUGGAGGCUUUUAAUGUCAAAAGAGAGAAAUUGCUGCUACAGUAUUUAAAAGUCUAAUUUUGUAUUCUUAUUUUGUGCACUACUAGCUGUUGUUUAUUUGAGGGAAUCUGAGACCAAACUUGAGCAAAAGGGAGAAAUCUGCUGUUUACUUUGCCAUCGCCUCUUUUUUUUUUUCCUUUCUUGGAGCCUGAAUGUAAUAUGUAAAGGGGAACUGGAUCGAGUUGUAUGUUGUCGUGCAUUUGGUGGGUUGUUCAUGUGGUCGUUGCUCCGUGUUUUCAAAAGUGUAUAUGCACAGUCGACGUGAUUCUGUCUUCACCAACGCUUUUCUCUAGUAUAACGACACUGCAAAAUACAUUCUGGGGGAUGAAUGUGGACGGAUCGAGUCAGUGCUGCGAGCUGUUUGUUUUGUGGGAUGUGUGCAUGACGCGUCGAGGGGGGGGGGGGACCUGUCGAUGCUUAAAGACUGCAGACCUCUGUGAGGAGAAGUUGUCUGAAGGUACUGUUGGCGUUCUGUGAUGCGACCGAGGGAAGUCUUUUUAAGUAGGAUGCAACCGAGUGACGUGGUGUCCACAUAAAGCUCCAUCUGACAGAUGACUCCUCACUUUGCUAACUGGCAGUGAUGACUGAAUAAAGUGUUUUUAAAAUUUGUUUAUUGAAAUCCGACUACAGUUCCCUUUUAAAAUGUAUGUCUCCAUUUUCUUUAAGACAUUAGUGCCAUUUUUUUCUUUUUUUUUUUUUUUUCCUUAGGGAUUGCAGCAGGUUUCUAACGGGCCACCUCUGUUUUAAUGGUACAGAUAGAUAGCUGCUUAAUAAUACUGAGACAAUUACAGGUGAACGGAUCUGUCCAGCUUGACGACAGAGCUCACGAUUUAAAUGGGUGAUCGGAAGUCGUUGAAUUAACGAAGCUGUGCAGUAACCUGUCAUCUAAUGUUGGCAUUUUUUUUUUCACAAGAUGUUCAUGAAUCAAAAUCUUUAAGAGGAACUCAGAAAUGUAACCUACAUAGUUAUCUGAUCUGUAGUGGUGGCUAAAACCUGUCACUUAAUGAAUAAUUGUUGUAAAGCAAUGCACUGUAAAAGUAAAAUCCCAUUGGUUAAAAUAAAAGAUUACUUCAUGGAUCUGA